AUGCAUGAUCGAUGGAUAAUAAUCCUCUCAUUGUUUCCCGUAUCAGUGUAUUCGUUAUCGUGCUACAUUUGUGGAGACAGUAACCUUGAUGAGUUCGGAGAAUGUGCAACGCAAUUUCAGUACGAUUGCCAGAGUUAUGCUUCAAGGUUUCCAACUGAUGAAACAAUCUAUUGUCGAACAACAAGGCAUCGUGCAGCUAACAACACUUUCACUGUGAUGAAAGAAUGCAUAUCGGAACAGGAUCACUACCAUACAUUCCCCAAUAAAGGCUAUCCGAUCGAUGAAGAAUGUGAUCUGGUGGAUGUUCAGGGUGAAGAGGUAGCGUACUGCCUAUGCCGUAAUCAAAAUCUCUGUAACAAACCACCAAUCGCUGAUCAAUUCAUAGCAUUCGAAGAGAAACAUCCGGAAUUGUUUGGAGAUGAUCCAGCCGUGACCUCGUCAAUCCCAUCAGGGCCAGCGCCGUUAGCGAUACCGCACCCGAAUUCGGCAAAGGUUGGCUUCGGUGCACCCCAGGUUCCUCUGCCGCCAAUUAUCCCUAUAAAUGAUCCGAGGGCGAAAACUCAUGUAACUGAAACGGAUAUCAGGCGAGCACAGCUACCAAUACGAGAAAAAGUGACCGACGCCGGAUUAACUGCGGUUGAACCGCCGGUACCGCCACCAGAAAACAUGGAUUUCUUCAAAUUGUCACCCGCACAAGCUGGACAAGCCCAAUUCGUUGGUAGCAUCGGAAUGAAUCGUCAUGCUGUGGCCGUUCAGCCCUCUUCCGGUUCUUCUAAUGCUCCCAAAGCUGCUAGGAUGCCUACAGAGUUGAAAUGCGCUCAAUGUGGACAAUCGGGUCUUCGUACGUUGGAUGCGGACUGCGAGAGGCAAACCGUCACACGUUGCCAGGAAUCCGAUGCCGUUUGCUUUACGAGACAAAUUAUUGCUAGUCCAGGUCAAAACGCCAUCGAAAAGAUGUGCGUUUCAUGGCAAGCGGUUCAAGCAGAAUUCCCCUCGGCCACCAUGGACUCCUGCGAUGAAUCAAACGAUGGACGAGUUCGUUACUGUACCUGUCGUACAGAUGAAUGUAAUUUCAGCCCUAUUUCCCUUCAGAUUUCAAAGGAUUUCCCCGAAGAAUUGUCUCCACAAAUAGGAAGAGAACAGUCGGAACACGCACCGAUUCCGUCAAAUCCUGCGCUACAAGCGAAAUCUUCUGGAUCUCCACCGGCACCGCCGCCUGAACCACCACGUAGCAUCAUUGCGCCCCUACCACCUUCACCACCACGUAUUGAAGAAGUCCCUACGGAGAUUAGAAAGCCAGAGGAUCACAGCCAGGAAAAAACGCACAGCUCUCCGCAUUUCCACGAGGAAGAUAACGGAAAGGGAAGCGAACCGCUGGGAAUCCGAGAAGAACUCGUGAGACCAAAUCCGAACGCAUUACCACCACCAAUUCAAGCAGUCCAAUCUAAUCAGCGUUUGCUAAGGUGUUCCGCAUGUGUGGAAUCGGGAAUAACAGAUCCCACGGCGGAUUGUUCCUCAACCGCUCCAGCGUUAUGUUCGGCUCAGGAGGAGUACUGUCUUACGAAGCAAACUCAGAAUGAUGACGGCUCUUUCACAAUGGAGAAACGAUGUGCCGAUCGGGAAUCACUCGCCUCUCUCACUGAUUCCUCGGAAGCGAAAUCAGGAUGUUCUACCGCCGGCGACGGAAUGAUCAACUAUUGCCUUUGUCAGGGUGAUCUCUGCAAUAAGGACAGCCUUCUUGCUCAGGCACAGAUCUCAGGUGUACGUAAGCCAGAAUCAUCUUCAAGACCGAAAACACCCUCCACAGAACAGAUUCAGAGGAUCGAUCCGCCUAAGCCAGCUCCACCGAAUAUGCCAACCGUAUUUUUGGAUAAGGAUGAGCCGUCCGACAUGGCAACUGCUCUUGUGCCAACGAUAAGGAUAACCGAUGAGGAGAAGGAGCUUAUCGCACGACAAAAGGAGUGGGCGGAAGCGGAUCUGACCGGAGGAGGAUCAUCACCUCCACUCAAAUUUAUUUUCCUUUCUACCUUUCUCAUCAUCGUUGCUUUCUUAUAA